AUGUAUUCUUCUUUUUUCUCCUCCUCCUCGCUUCUUCUUCGAGCGAGGACGACGAUAGCCAAAAGAAGAGAUGAUUUCACGGCGGAGAAGGAAAAGACGUCAUCGACUGUCGCACUCGUUCGAGGAAGAAGACGACGAGCUUUUCGCGCAUUAAGUGCUUCGUCAGACGACGACGUUUUGAACGAGAAAGCAGCAGAGGCAGCAGCACGAGCAGAAAAGCGGAAAAGAGUGAUCGCUUCGGCGCUGUCGUCGUCAAAGACGAAGAGCGAAGCGGAGAAAUUUAGCGAAAACGUUUUCUUAGAAGAGGACGAGGCGAGGACGACGACGACGACGACGACGACGACGACGAAAAGCAAAAUCGACGAAGAGAAAGUCGCCCGAUUGACGAGGAAGAAAGAAGAGCUUGAAAAGAAAGUUUUGGAUAUGCAAAACGCGAUUGAUAGCGCGUACGAGUUGUUAUUCGAAGGCGUAUCGAUGGCGGACGCCGAGGCGGCGACGGAGAAGGAGGAGGACGAACUCGCGGCGAACGUUUCGGACGCGUUCAUCGAAGAUUUUCCAGUCACGACGGAGAAGAAGUUUAAGAACGUGUGCGAGAUCGACCCGAAAGUUGGCGAGAGACUCUUGAAAAUUGCGAGUGGAAAAGAUGGGAAGAAGUAUUUGCAGUUUCAGAAAGCCAUUCACGCGAGCAAAGGCACGUUGGCGAGAGUGUCGAACGAGUUAGAAGCGAACGAAUUGGCGUUAUCGACAGCUGCGAGAGGUGGAAGAGGGUUUCUGUCCAGACCUGAAGAAGAGGAAGAGGAAGAGGAAAGACGAGACGAUGAAGAUGCGGAAGGAAUAUCAAUCGACGAUGAGGCGCUGUAUCUUUCCUCGAAGAAAACGAAGAAGAUUGUGUUGAUUUCCGGAUUCGAAUCGUUCAACGUGCGGUUGUAUAAAAAAGUUUCCAAGAGUUUAAAGAAGCGUUAUCCGUCGGUCACUUUGUGCGUCUUCUCCGACCGCGACAUUGUUGGUAAACGCCGAGUUGAACUCGAACGCGCUUUGGACGACGCCGACGCCUUCUUCGGCUCUUUGCUCUUCGAUUACGACCAAGUGGAAUGGCUGCGAGAAAAGUUGGAAAGGAUCAAAACGAAGUUUGUCUUCGAGUCCGCGUUAGAACUGAUGUCAGAAACGAACGUCGGGACGUUUGAAAUGAAACCUGGGAAAGAUGGCGCCAAAGCUGGCCCACCGCCGGCGGUGCAGAAAAUUCUCAAGAAGUUUGGCAGCGGCAAAGAGGAAGAUAAACUGGUUGGAUAUUUGUCCUUUUUGAAAAUCGGCCCGCAGUUGUUGCGCUUCAUUCCGGGCGAAAAAGCAAAAGACUUGAAGAAUUGGCUGACCGUGUAUGCGUAUUGGAACCAAGGCGGCGAGAAAAACGUGGAAGAGGCGUUUUCGUACAUCGCGCGCGAAUACCUAGGUGCGCGAGAAGUUGAAGAAAAAGAAGAGGAGAAAAUAACCGGCGCUUCACCGGGAGACUUUGUGAAGGAUUUGCUUCUGAAACCGUUGCGCGAGUCUGUUCCACUUUUAAAAGGUGGAUUGAAGCCGCUCGUGGAAACGCCCGCGUUUGGGUGUUACCAUCCGCUGCUCGAGGAGCAAAAUCUCCCUUACCCGGAAACUAUCGACGAAUAUAAACGAUGGGCAGCGUUGAAUAAUCUUCCAACUGCCGAUGCAGAUCCAACGAAACCAGUCGUCGCGGUGUUACUCUAUCGCAAACACGUCAUUACGAAACAACCGUACUUAGCUGAACUCAUUCGAGGUUUAGAACAAUCCGGGGUCGUCCCGAUCCCGUGCUUCAUCAACGGCGUCGAGGCGCACACGAUUGUCCGCGAUAAGCUGACGUCCUCUCACGAGCAGUUCAAUAGGAACAAUUUAGGCAUAAUCGAUGUGGACUCAUUGAAACCAGACGCGUGUAAGGUAGACGCGGUCGUUUCCACGGUUGGGUUCCCGCUCGUCGGUGGCCCAGCGGGGUCGAUGGAAGCCGGAAGGCAAAGCGAAAUUGCGAAUAAGAUUUUAAAAGCCAAGAACGUGCCGUACUUUGUCGCGGCGCCACUGUUGAUUCAAGAUAUUGCCAGUUGGUGGGAAUCCGGAGUUGGCGGUUUGCAAUCGACAAUUUUAUACGCGUUACCGGAAUUAGAUGGUGCCAUCGAUGCCGUGUCUUUGGGCGGUUUGUGCGGGGACGAUAUUUUCUUGGUCAAAGAACGCGUCUAUGCUUUAUCCAAUCGAAUAAAGAAAUGGCACGCUUUGAAACAGAAAGAAAAUAAAGAUAAGAAAAUCGCAAUGACGUUAUACGGUUUCCCGCCUGGUGUUGGUGCAACUGGUACGGCGGCGUUGUUGAACGUUCCAAAAUCGAUCGAUGAAACGUUAGCGACGUUGCGCAAAGAAGGGUACGAUUUAGGCGUGAAAGAGGGCGAACCGUUACCGACGGGCGAGGCGAUCGUAUCGGCUUUGCGCAACCUCGAGGAGGUUUCUGCAAUCAUGUUAGGCGCGGAAAAAGGUGGCGAACAGGCCAUUUUGAAGACAAAGAGAGAUAUUGAAAAGCUCAAAAGAGAGGAGGAAAAAGAAGGCGGAAGCGAGGACUCGUCAUCCAAACGCAACGCUUUGAGUCUUCCAGAAAACACGCUCCAACCAGCCGGGAUGGACGUUUCGCCGUCGACGCUUCGCAAGUGGCUCUCGUUCCCAGCCGAAUGGGGACCGAAUGAGUGGGGCCCUUGCCCGCAGUUACCGCCAAACGAUAUUUUAAUUCGUCGAAUGGAGAAAGCGUGGGGAAACCUCGAACAGUAUCGCGGAUUAAACACGAACGCAUCGGGAUUCAACGUUGCCGGAUUCCAACUUGGUAACGUCUUUAUUGGCGUCCAACCAGCGUUGGGUGUCGAAGGUGAUCCAAUGCGAUUGCUAUUUGAACGCGAUUUAACCCCGCACCCGCAGUACGCCGCGUACUACAAGUACUUGCAAUACAAGUUCCAAGCUGAUGCCGUGUUGCACUUUGGUAUGCACGGCACCGUGGAAUGGCUUCCGGGAUCGCCGUUGGGUAAUACCGGGUUGUCGUGGUCGGAGCAAUUGUUAGGCGCGAUGCCGAAUGUGUACGUGUACGCGGCAAACAACCCUUCAGAAUCUAUUGUUGCAAAGCGACGUGGAUACGGCGUCAUGGUAUCGCAUAAUGUUCCUCCGUACGGCCGGGCUGGUUUGUAUAAACAAACGGCGGAGUUGCGCGAGCUUUUGAACGAAUACCGCGAAUCGCAACAGUCGCGGAAAUUUGGCGAUCGAAAGCUUCGCGGCAUCGUCGCUAACCAAGCUUCGAUGGCGCAGUUGGAUAACGACGUUCCGUGUUACUCCGUGGAGACGAACGAGCUACUCAGCGUAAACGCAAACGAUGCCGAGAACGUCUGGUCGGACGAAACGUUUGAAAACUGGGCAAACCAGUUGAACGAGUAUUUGUUCGUUUUGGAGAAUCGGUUGUUUAGCGAAGGUUUACACGUUUUAGGAAGACAACCGGACGCGGAACAAUCUGAACGUUAUUUAGACGCGUACUUUGGCGACGAGUUGACCGCAUUAGAGAAGCAAGUUGUCGCCUCGACGACGUUUGAACACGCGGAGGAUAUAUCUCGCGCGGCGGGACAAGCCGAAGACGACGAGGAUGAACAAAGCGAUUCUCUCGAGCUCGCUGCGAUUAAGAAACAACUCGAUAAUCAGUUCGAUAUCCCGACCGCGUAUUCCGAAAAACUCUCCGAAGCGAUCACGAUUAAAAGUCUUUUACAACGCAACAACGAAGAGUUGGAUGUCGGUUUGGUGAGCGCGUUGAACGGCGAUUGGGUCCAACCGGCUGCCGGGGGCGAUUUGCUCCGAGACGGACCGGGCGCUUUACCGACGGGAAGGAACAUACACGCGUUAGAUCCGUAUCGCAUGCCAUCUAACGCCGCGUUCAUCCGAGGGAGCGAUGUUGCCAACGAAAUCAUCGCCAGGCAUCGACAAGAAAACGACGGGCAAUUCCCGGAGACGGUUUCCGUCAACCUCUGGGGUCUGGACGCCAUUAAAACCAAAGGCGAAUCCGUGGCCAUCGUUUUAGCUUUGCUUGGCGCGCGAUCCGUCAAAGAAAAAACUGGGCGCGUCGCGCGAUACGAGUUGAUCCCUCUCGAAGAGCUCGGCCGUCCACGCAUCGACGUUUUGUGCAACAUGUCUGGUAUUUUUCGAGACGCGUUUGCCAACGUCGUCGGGUUACUGGACGACUGCUUUGCUAGGUGCGCGGAAGCCGAAGACGAACCGAUUGAGAUGAACUUUGUUCGCAAACACGCGUUGGAGAUGCAAGCGAAAGGUUUAGACGCGACGUCGUCGAGAUUGUUCUCGAACCCUCCCGGAGAUUACGGGUCUAUGGUAAAUGAACGCGUCGGGAACGCUUCGUGGAAUGAUACUCGAGAGUUGGGCGAUACGUGGGCUUCUAGAAACGCGUACUCGUAUGGAAAAUCGUCCGAUGAGAAAGGCGUCGCGAGGCCUGAAGUCUUGAACGAACUUUUACGAACCACGGAAAGAGUUGUCCAAGAAAUCGACUCCGUUGAAUACGGGUUGACUGAUAUUCAAGAGUAUUACGCCAACACUGGCGCGAUUGUCGCCGCCGCCAACGCGGCGAAAGAAGACGCCGCGGAGAAAGAAAGUGACAGCACGAAACCCAAGCCGGCGUUUAAGAAAGUCCAGUGUUCGGUGGUGGAGACGUUUGGUAAAGAUGCGAAAGGUUCGGUGAAAGAUCUCGACGAGACGCUUCGAUUGGAGUACCGCACGAAACUCUUAAACCCGAGAUGGGCGAAGGCUAUGGCUGAAUCUGGCAGCGGGGGCGCUUUCGAAAUUUCGCAACGCAUGACCGCUCUGGUAGGUUGGGGCGCGACCACCGGCUUCACCGAAGACUGGGUCUACGACGGCGCCAACGAAACGUACGUCGAAGACGCGGACAUGCGGAAGCUUUUACAAAAGAAUAACCCGGAGGCGUUCCGAAACGUCGUGAAAAGAAUGUUGGAAGCGCACGGACGCGGGAUGUGGAACGCGGACGCCGAUACGAUUGAAAAAUUGAAGAAAAUGUACGGGGAUGCGGAAGAUAGAAUUGAAGGCGUUUUAUAA